AUGGCUAAGGCACGUGUCAAGAAGCGCACCCAUCUCCGGGCUCAGAAUGCCUCGGCAGCAGCAUCUGGCAAAGGCUCCGCGUCUUCAAUGACCAAGGCCCCAAAGUCCAUGGUCAUUCGAGUUGGCGCUUCUCAAGUCGGUACUAGUGUUACCCAGCUGGUCAAGGAUGUUCGCCAGAUGAUGGAGCCCGAUACCGCUGUGCGAUUGAAGGAACGCAAAUCCAACCGACUCCGUGAUUACACCGUUAUGGCCGGCCCCCUCGGCGUUACCCAUUUGAUGCUCUUCUCCAAGUCCAAGACAGGCAACACAAACAUGCGUCUCGCUGUUACUCCCCGAGGACCGACCCUCCACUUCCAAGUCGAGAACUAUUCGCUCUGCAAGGACGUUGAGCGAUCAUUGAAGCGCCCACGCAGCGGUGGACAAGAUCACAAGACUCCACCAUUGCUCGUCAUGAACAAUUUCAAUUCGCCCAAUGCGACUGAGGACUCCAAAGUGCCGAAGCGCCUCGAAACCCUGACCACCACCAUCUUCCAAUCUCUCUUCCCUCCGAUCAAUCCCCAAGCCCAACCUCUUUCCUCUAUCCGCCGCGUCAUGCUUUUGAACAGAGAGCCCUCCGAGUCCGAUGAUGGCUCGUACAUCCUCAGCCUACGUCACUACGCCAUUGCCACCAAGAAGACCGGAGUGUCAAAACGCAUCCGUCGUUUGGAUCCUAAGGAAAUUCGCAACAGAGAUAAGAAGAAGACGGCCGUGCCCAAUCUCGGAAAGCUCGAAGAUGCCGCCGAUUAUCUGCUCGACCCUUCUGCCGCUGGGUAUACAUCUGCCAGUGAGACCGAGCUUGAUACUGACGCCGAGGUCGAAGUCGCGGAAAGCACGACCCGUAAGAUUCUCAACAAGCGGGAGGCGCAGCGUCAGAGGGCUGGAGAUAAGGCCGAGAAGAAGGCUACUGCCACUCCCGGUGUUGAAAAGCGUGCCGUUAAGCUGGUUGAGUUGGGUCCCCGCAUGAGGCUCCGCCUGAUGAAGGUCGAGGAGGGUGUCUGCGAGGGCAGAAUUAUGUGGCACGACUUUAUCACAAAGUCCGCGCAUGAGGUGAAGUCUCUUGACAAGAGUUGGGAGACUCGCCGCAAGCAGAAGGAGCAGCGAAAGAAGCAGCAGAAGGAAAAUAUCGAGAAAAAGAAGAAGGACAAGGCCAAGGCCAAGGCUAACGGGGAGGAAGUCGAUGAGGACGAGGACGAGGAUGAGGAUAUGGAUGAUGGUGAAUGGCUCAGCGACUUUGACGACGAUGAGGAUGGUGAGCCCGAGGAGGAUUCGGACGACUCUAUGGAGGAGUAA